AGUUCACUGAUUGGCUGCGCGCAUAUAUUUCCCAGGGGCAGCAGGUGGUCUGGGACUGCCCAGGUGGGGUUGUAACGGUUAGUGGGUGGACAGUCCAUGGGACAGACAAACAAGCUGCCUGUCAUGCCAUUUUCCAUGUGCCGAGCUGGGGGCGAGUUUGCGCCUCGCGAACCAAGAGCACAGCUAUUUUGAAAGUGACCCCUCAGUCAGGCAGCGCCUCUGCAGCUGUCAGGAACCAUGACUGAAGAUGACGGAUUCUGUGGUCGUGGAGGGAUAUGCCAGACUCAGAGACGGGAAAAAGUGGAAAACUAGGUGGAUCGCCCUCCGCAAACCGUCGCCUGUAGCAGAUUGCCUCGUGCUGCUGGUUUAUAAAGACAAAUGUGAGCGGACCCAGGGGAGCAGAGAGAGGGCCUGUGUGACCCUGGAGGAUAUCUGUGGUGUGGAGACUGGACAGUGUUUUGAGGGCGCUGCUUUCACUCUGACCAUCCUCUGCCUGAACCAGUGUGCUCUGCUCGGGUUCGACUCCAGAGAGGUUCUGCUGGGAUGGGAGGCCCGGCUCAGAUACAGCCUGGGGGAAGUCCAUAGGUUCUGUGUGGUGGUUUUGCCUGGGACCAAGUUGGAGAGUGGGCCUGCGACUCUUCACCUGUGCAACAACCUGCUGGCUCUGGCUCGGGAGGUCCCACCCGUCAUCAUCGGACACUGGAACCUCCCAGACCUGCGCCGCUAUGGACCAGUGCCCAAUGGAUUUGUGUUUGAGGGAGGCACCAGAUGUGGAUACUGGGCCGGUGUGUUUCUUCUUGCAUCUGGUGAGAGUGAACAGAUCAGUUUUCUGUUUGACUGCGUGGUCCGCGGCGUCUCUCCCACCAGAGGCCCCUUUGGACUCAAGCCAGUUCUGCCAGAUCUCAGUCUGAAUGAAACAAGUUCUGAAGAGAAGUUGAACCAUGAGACUCAGGAGCUGGAGAAGCGUCUCAGCAUGCUCUCUCACAGGAGCAGCACAAUCUCGUCCACAUACUGCCCCUCUGCUGGAGGAGAUGACCGCAGUAUCUCUGGCUCGUCUGACACGUCAGACACCAGUCAGUCUGACUGCAGCAUUGGCAGUCGGCUGGUCAUUUGGAAUGACCCUGCCACCACUGACAACUCUGCACAGCUCAGCUCUAAGUGUGCUCCUCACAGCACAGAGAAGCUGUGUGUGAGCCCUGGGGGGUCACGGCCCCUUGUGAAGACCCCACGCCAGCUGCAGGAAAUCGGGCGCCAGAGCUCGUCUGACAGCGGCAUCGCCACCGGGAGUCAUUCGUCCUCGUACUCUGGGAGCUUCUCCUCCUACACAGGCAGCCUGGACAUCCACUCUGAGGACUACGGCUCUGUCCUCAUGCUGCCCCCACACCUCACACAGGACCUGAGCCCCUGCAGCUGCCCUGCCGCUCCAGGGCACGAAUACCAGGUGCCCAACUCUGUCAGGUACCUCUAUGAUACGCCCCGAAGUCUACUGCAGGACGGGGCUCCGCGUCAGGACAGUGAGGCCUCAGAGCCGAGCCAGGACGGGACUGACCCAAGUGGACCCUCAGGUCACGGUGGACCCUCAGGUCACGGUGUGGCCCCAGAGGCAGAGAAACAGACUGAGACACAGACUGAGACACAGGACUCUGCUGAAGAGAAGCAGACUGAACCCACUGAUAGGCGGACAGUGACUGAACAAACAGAGCAGAGUCAGAAACACACAGUGGCGCCCUCUAGUGACAGUCUGCACCCAGACACCUGUCACAUCUGCAGCUCCUUCACACCCGUCUACAAAACCAUCGUCACAAUCUGCUCCACAUGCGGCGGCUAUAAGGUGUCACCGUGCAUUCCUCCAAGUGGGUUAGCCCCACAGCCAGUGCCAGCUUCCACAUCUAGUUGUAAAAGAUUUCGGACAGUAAUAAUGGGAAUUACUGGUAGACAUAUUUUCAAUCCAUCAGACGAGUAUGUUGACAAGUCCCUGUUCAGAAGUAUCAGGGAAGUUGCUAAAGCUACAAACACAACAAUGCAGUCCUGUGGAUCGACCAACACCGACUCAAAGCCAAAACAUGAAGAUUCCUACACACCAAAGAAAGGAAGGGACAAGUUUGUCAGUCUCCUUGCAGAUCUUUUAGGAUACUCAAGGAAGAUUGAUAAAGUCAACUCCUACGAAUCCAUGAGCCCCGUUUUUGGACUGAGACUCAAAUCUAGAGGGGCACGUGCGUCUGGUGUUUACGAAAAUUGCAUUCGUUGUGAAGGAGAGCAGUGUCCCCCUCCUCCUCGGCCUCGUCCACCCAUCAUACGUCCAAACAGGACCUCAGCCAGUACAACCUUGCCAUCUGCCCCAGCAAUGAAGACAAGCCAAGAGACGGUCAAUGUUAAUGAGCAAGGCCUUGAUCAAUGUCGGAGAUCACAGACAGAGGAGGUCGCAGGUUCAACUCCCAGCUCUGAAGAUAAACGUUUCUCUGGUAAAGACGAGAGACGCAGAACAGAUUAUGAGGUCAUGGAAGUCCGAGCAAUGGACAAGAGUUCAGAGGGAGAAGACAAAAGCAAGUAUGAGUUAAUGGGCAGCUGUGGCCAUCAGAGGUUUUUCCAGGAGACCGAAGGCUGCGUGUUUGUGUUCCCUCCUGAAGCAGCAGGAGCAGACAGACUCCGCACUGAAACAGUGACGUAUGUGAACAUCCCUGUUAGUCCCACCUCUAAGAAGCAGCUCAACUACAUGGAGCUGGAGCUGGAGCUGGGCCCCGGGCCCCGAGGGACCGCUCCACACCUGCCCGCUCAGAAAAAGUGCUCCACUAAAUACGCUCAGAUCGACAUUGCCGCCACAGAGACGGCUCACAAAGUGGGCACCCAGCAUGCACUGGGGCGGCAGGAGGGGCUGCACACUCUGGAUCUGAGACGAAAGGCUACACCUCACUGACUUUAACAAUCACUCAAAACUGUGACAGCCAGAAACUUGAAACUUUUUUUUUUUUUUUACAAUAGUCCGGACCUUUGGGUCAGGAGUGAAAGGGGAGGACAGUUAAAAGAGGACUCACCAUUUUAUUUCACAACUCAUAUUUUGUACUUUGGUUUGAGACAUUAACUGUUCUUUCACAUAUUUCACAUGAACCCAUAGACUAUAUAUAAUAUAAGUGGAUAUUACAGUGGCCGGUAAGUGCAAAAUGCUUUUACAUUUCACAACACACGUUCACAAGUUUGAAAACAAAAUUACAUUUAAAAUACACAUUUACAUCUUGAAAACAAAUUCCAAGGUUCUUAAAACACAUUCGCAAAUGAGCAAACAAAUUUACAAAACACGAAAAACAUUUGUAGAAGCGCAGAGACAAAUUUACAUGUGCCAAAAACACAAAUAGAAACCCCCGAAAAAAAAUUAACAAGAAAGUGGAAUGUCCCAAAAAUGAGAAAUGACGAACGACCAUAAUGUUAGUUCUGCUCAGUAGUUCACUAAUGCAUCAUCGUUGUUCACCUUUAAGUUUUCGUCUUUCUUUCCUUGAUAGUUGUGGAUAAAUUCUAAUUGGAAGAAUUUUUAUCCUUUGUGGACUUUUUUGAUUGAAGAUUUGGUGCUGGGGCAGAUUUAUGAAUAUUAGAUAUUUUGCCAUAGAAAAGCAUUAACUGGAAGUGACGUUUACCCAACAGCGCGGCACUUCCCGCCGUUGUGAAAAAGGUCUAUGCAUUUCUAGGCUUUGUAUUUGUGUUUUUGCCACUUGUAAAUUUGUCUUGGUACUUGUACAAAUGUGUCGUGUUUUGUUUUAUGAAACGUACAUUUAUUUUGAAGUUCUAAAUGUGUAUUUUGCCGGCCUCCGUAGGAUAUAGCUAAUCUGCUAGUUGACACGUUCCAAAUAGGAAGUGAGCAUGUGUGUGCUUCCGGCUCCAUCGACUCAAGCUCCAAUACACUUUGUAUUAAAAAUAUCGCACCUCUCUCUGUAACUGCAGCAGUCACACUAGUCAUUUUGGUCUUAAAAUAUUUGUAUUAACACAUGGUCCUGGAGUUUUUAUUUCUCUGCUUUGUCCGUGAAUCAAUUCCUACUUCUAAUAUGCACCUGGUCCGAAUUUUUCCUCGAUACCUGCUUGCCUCGUAAGCUUCAUUUACCUGGACCUGAACACUGUGGGUGAUGACACACUCCCUUUAGUCCAUUUCUUUAUACAGUCUAUGGAUGAACCUCCGUGAGCAGCUCCCCCACUCAUCAUGAAUAUAUUGUUCUCAUUUGUAUUCACUUAUACUGUUCAAACUGAGCUAAUCAGGCCCAAAUGUAUAAACAUGAGGACUACAAUCAGAUCUGCAUAAAUGACUCAUUCAUGCAACUUACAUGGAUUAGUAAUACAAAAGCAUCUGUCGGAUACAAUACAAUGAACAAUGUAAAGCAAGAGACAGGAUUUUACAUUGGAUUCAAUAGGCAACAUCUCACAGCAAAGGUUUCAUUAGUCAUUUUUUUAUAUUUAUGCACAUUUUAAUUCUCUCAUGUAUGACUAAUAUUGUGUACGCUCUGUUUUCUUAUGUUCUUAGCGUUUUAUUUUCCCUUUUAGAUUCAUUUUUGUACAUAUGUUUUAUGAAUGGUACAUUAACUGUCUGAGAAAUGACAUGUAAAAACACAGUGUACAGAAAUAUGAAAGCUCGUCUCCCGCGGCAAAAUAUUUCUUUGUAAAUUAUUUAUACUUUUUUGAUGUGUGUUCAGUUUGUAAGAGUAGUAAUGUAUGGGACUCUCCCUGGGGCAUUUGUAAACCUCUUAAAUAAUAAAUGUUAAACUACU